AUGGCCCCUCAAGGAGCGAGAAAAUCGUCGGGUCUGCCUUCGGGCUAUGUGGAAGACCUAUCACAAGGUCAAAUGCUCCGCUAUGAAGACUCCCUCCCCCGCCUCCCCGUUCCCACCCUCGACGAAACCGCCAAACGCUAUUUGAAGUCCGUCCGGCCUCUCAUCAGCAAGUCCGAAUUCCAAAGCACCCAGAAGGCCGUCGAGGAGUUCGUCCGCCCCGGCGGGCAGGGCGAGGCGCUGCAGAGCCGCUUGGUGGCGCGUCGGGACGAUCCCAACGUGCGGAAUUGGAUCGCGGAAUGGUGGGACAAUUCCGCGUACCUGGGCUAUCGCGAUCCCGUCAUCCCGUACGUGAGCUACUUUUACUCGCAUCGCGACGACCGCAAACGGCGGGACCCUGCGAAGCGUGCCGCCGCCAUGACGACCGCCAUUCUCGACUUUAAGAGCCAGGUGGAUGCCAAGACGCUGGAGCCGGAGUACAUGCGCAAGCUGCCGAUGGCCAUGUCGAGCUACAAGUGGAUGUUCAACGUCUGCCGAGUCCCUGCCAAGCCGUACGAUUACCCGGUCAAAUACGACUACCAGAAGAACGCUCACUUGGUUGUCAUUCGCAAGAAUCAGUUCUUCAAGGUUCUGCAUGAGGUCGACGGUAAGCAAUUGAAUGCGGCCGAGCUGGAGCAGCAGUUCCGCCGCAUCUACGAGCGUGCCGAGAAGGCUGCCCCGGUCGGUCUGUUCACUUCAGAGAAUCGCGACACAUGGACCGACGUCCGAGAGCGCCUGAUCGCGGCCCAUCCCACGAACCAGUCGGUCCUCGAAACCAUUGAAUCCAGCUCCUUCGUUGUCUGCCUUGACGAUGCCUCUCCGGUGACGCUCGAGGAGCGCUGCCGCCAGUACUGGCACGGUGAUGGCAGCAACCGCUGGUUCGACAAGCCGUUGCAGUUCAUCAUCAACGACAACGGUACCUCUGGCUUCAUGGGUGAACAUUCCAUGAUGGAUGGAACGCCGACCCACCGACUCAACGAUUACGCCAACAUGCUGCUCUUCACCAACGCCCUCGACCUGUCCGACACCAGCAUUCGAUCCACCCUCCCCGAGCCGGCCCCGCUCAAGUUCACGCUCAACGAGAAGCUGAACGAGGACAUCGUCAACGCGCAGAAACACUUCAACUGGCAGAUCGGCAUGCACGAGCUGCGCGUCCAGGCGUACCAGGGCUAUGGCAAAGGCCUAAUCAAGAAGUUCAAGUGCUCGCCCGACGCCUACGUUCAGAUGAUCAUCCAGCUCGCCUACCACAAAUUCUACGGCAAGAACCGCCCGACCUACGAGUCGGCCGCUACCCGGAAGUUCCAGCUCGGCCGCACCGAAACCUGCCGCACCGUCAGCGAGGAGAGCGUGGCCUUCUGUGAUGCCAUGGCCAGCGCGGAUGCGUCGGACGCGGAGCGCGUCACCAAGUUCCGUGCCGCCCUCGACGGCCACGUGAAGUACAUCAGCGACGCCAGCGACGGCCGCGGCGUGGACCGACAUCUCUUCGGCCUGCGGAACUGCUUGAAGGACGGCGAGGAGGUGCCGGGAAUCUACAAGGAUCCGGCCUUCACCUACAGCUCGACCUGGCGCAUCUCGAGCAGCCAGCUGAGCAGCGAGUACUUCAACGGAUAUGGCUGGAGCCAAGUCGUCGACGAUGGAUGGGGAAUCGCCUACAUGAUCAACGAAAACAGCAUCCAAUUCAACGUUGUCAGCAAGAACCUCGGCUCCGAGCGCAUGAGCUUCUAUCUCAGCGAGGCUGCCUCCGAGAUUCGCGACCUCAUGGUGCCGUCUUUGGAAUCGGCCAAGGCGAAGCUAUAG